UUAAACGUCAGUGUCAGAGUUGAAAGGGGAAAGGUCGUGCAAAACAUGGCUGCUCCCCUGGAUGACAUGUUUUCCUUCUGCGUGGAUCCCGGCAAAGUUGCUGCCUGCGUGGAAGUCCGAUUUAUUGACAAUAUUAAGGGCAAAGGCCUCUUCGCCAAAAGGAGCAUCAAGAAGGGAGACACCAUUUUUUUUGAGCGACCUCUGGUCUCUGCCCAAUUCCUGUGGAAUGCUUUGUAUAAAUAUAAAGCCUGUGAGUACUGCCUACGGGCUCUGGAGACGGCAGAGGAGAAUGCAAGGAGACUCAGUGGCAUCCCCGGGCUCAUCCUUCCUCGCCCUGAGCUGUGCCGUGUUCGGCCAGAGCUGCACCAAGCCUGUCCUCAGUGCCAGGUAAUGUACUGUAGCAGCGAGUGUCGACAAGCUGCAGCAGAGCAGUAUCAUCGAGUUCUGUGUUUGGGUCCCUCCCAGGAAGAUCCGGACCACCCCAUCAAUAAGCUCAAAGAUGCAUGGAGGAGCAUGCAUUAUCCCCCAGAGACCUCCAGCAUUACGCUUAUGGCCAAAAUGGUGGCUGUGGUGAAACAGGCCAAAGACAAAGCACACUGGCAGAAGCUGUUUUCACACUUCUGCAGCCGAGCAGCAAAUGAGGAAGAGGAGAUUGCCCAUAAGCUCCUGGGAGAGCAGUUCAGAGGGCAGUUGACCUUGUUACACAGCCUUUUCAAAGCAGCACUUUAUGAUGAUGAUCUUAAUCGGUGGUUUGUCCCUGAGGGUUUCCGCUCUCUGUUCGCUCUUGUGGGAACCAACGGACAAGGCAUCGGCACCAGUUCCCUGAGUCAGUGGGUUCAUGCCUGUGAUGCACUUGAGCUUCCUGCCCAGCAGAAGGAGCAGUUGGACUCUUUUAUCGACCAGCUAUACAAGGACAUUGAGAAAGAAACGGGAGACUUUCUGAACUGUGAGGGCUCCGGACUUUUCCUGCUUCAAAGCUCGUGUAACCAUAGCUGCAUACCCAAUGCAGAGGUGUCCUUCCCUGACAACAACUUCCUGCUUCAGCUCAGUGCCCUCAGUGACAUCAACCCGGGAGAGGAGAUCUGCAUCAGUUAUUUGGACUGCUGUCAGCGGGACCGAAGCCGUCAUAGCAGACACAAAAUUCUGAGGGAGAACUACCUGUUUGUCUGCUCAUGUCUUAAGUGCAUCUCCCAGAUGGAUGAGCUGGAUGUGACAUCAGAAGAGGAAGAGGAAGAAGAAGGAGAUGCAGAAGGUGAAACAGAGGGGGAUGAGAUGGAAGAUGAGAUGACAGAUGUCUGAUGAAAGACUUGUCCAUAUUGUUCUCAGCCAUUCUCCUUCCUGGCAUUGCGCUAAGCAACCGCUGAAGCCCAGACCAGUCCAACCAUGUGGAAAAAAGUCUUACUAACACAUUUCACUCAGUCUUUGCCCUGUUUUUGAGGUCAGCCACAGAAAGGUUUACCUUAAAUGAGUUAUAUGUGUGUUUGUGCUUAUCACUCUUCUUCAUUACACUGAGGCAGAAAAGGACCUUUUUGUUAAAGAGUAACAUCACUUUGGUUUGUUUAAUUAGAAACACAAGUCUCGCUCGUGUAGAAGGAGUGAUUUUUACUGAAUACUGCAUAUUUAGCUGAUUUCAACAAUCUAGAUGAGGCUAAGCUGCAACAAAUCACCUCCCGCAAGAUUUCAGAGCAAGACUUCUUGAGCGAGACUUGUGUUCAGGGUUGGCUCAAACAAAACUGACUUUAAAGGACUAUCUCUGUGGGAAUCCUCUUUGUAAUGUUUUCAGGCACUUGCAGUAACAAUCUCAGCCUAAGAGUGGCAAAAUCUCUUUUUGGGUGAAUGUAACUUUGACAGUCACAGUUGCCCUGAAGGAUUAUGUUGUAACCGUAGCAGCCAGCCAUAGGCUGCCAGCUGAGGCGAUCUACUGGACCAAUUCCAGACCUUUUGCACACUGUCAUUUACACACCAAAAUAUGUCAAUAUAUAGCCCAGGUUUAAAACUUAGAACUGGUGUUCUCCUUUCAGGACCGGCCAUUUUAGCCUUGCAGACUGUACAUUGCAGGGCUUGAAUAUAUACACAGUUAAUCAAAUGUGCAUAUCAACACAUGUAUUGUGUUUUGGCCACUUGAGGGCAGCACCACCAGCUGUAAUCUUUGACAUGUAACCUUAAUAAGGAGUAACUUAACACCCCCUUGAAAGCGUUGCCUUUGCUGCCCCCCAGUAGUUCAGUGACUCACCUUGCUACAGUGACAUACAGGUGUACUCCAGUACACCAUGACAUCAGGUGCAACCAAGCACAUAUCUGAUAGUCAAUGGUGAAACAAGCUUUAAACUGCAGAGGGCAGUGAACUACUUUAGACAGAUCACAGCUGCCUCCUGCAGUUCCAAACUACACUGAUGAGGGCAGUGGAUGAUUUAAAAACCGUAAAGUUGGGGGCUGAACAACCAAAACAGUGUGCCGAAAGAUACGAACGGAAGCUGUAGAUCUGAGGGAACCUUUAGAUGCCGCUGGUUAUUGUCUGUAGGUUUGUCAAAGUUUAAGUCAGUACUUUUCACAAGUGUUGUGAAAUAUUGUAUAAAUAUUGUGUCAUUUGAUCCUCAGCUAAAACAAAACUGUCCUUGCUGUGUCUGACCUCCAGGUCUACCUAAUACACCUGAGAUGAACAAUUUUUGUUCCUGACAGCUGUUAAAACAAGACAGAGUGAUGAAGCAAAGCUCAGUUAGUUCUCAGGUAUUGUCUGGACUUGAGAAGUUACAUGACUAUGCAUACUGUAGGAACAAGGGUUUUUUUUAUUUAUAUUCCAAUGUAAUUACAGUCUUGUCAGAUGGGAGGCAUCCAGCCAGCAAAAUAUCGUUUGGUUUUCUUACCAUGAUCUAUGGGGUUAAGAUAAACAUUUGUUAAUGUAUUAUGGAGACCUUGAGUGGAAAAUUGCUUUGUCAGUAGCUGUUUACCCUUUGUUGAGAACUGUAUUUCAACCCGCAGUUCCACAUGAGUGAAACUGCAGCUGCUGCCUGCACAUGAAUCAAUAUUACAACAAUGACUGUAAUCACAAAUCACAAUAUUUUCAGUUACUGGACAAAGAUUGGAAAUAUUGAAUGAUUAAUGCCAAUUUUCUCAGUUGGUAUUCAGCGCAGUGGCCCAAGAGAAGAUGGCUUUGUAAGUCAUACAAGUAUAAUUUAAAUAUUAUAACAGCAGCAAACAGGAGCUUAGCAGUUGUCGUUUUUACUACUCUGGCAUAAACCAUUGAAAUUGGA